CCGUCCCACCGAUUAGGGUUUUGAGUUACUGCCAGUCAGUCAGCACACUCUGCUUUCGAACUUGGGCGUUUCUUGAAGAAGUUGCAGCAUUUUCCUUAUUCGCCAUCAUGGGGAAGACUCGGGGAAUGGGAGCUGGUCGGAAGUUGAAGUCCCACCGUAGAAGGCAGAGGUGGGCAGAUAAGGCAUAUAAGAAAUCCCAUCUUGGUAACGAGUGGAAAAAGCCCUUUGCAGGUUCAUCUCAUGCUAAAGGGAUUGUGCUGGAAAAGAUUGGAAUUGAAGCCAAACAGCCAAACUCUGCUAUUAGAAAAUGUGCUCGUGUUCAACUGAUUAAAAAUGGAAAGAAGAUUGCUGCUUUUGUACCUAAUGAUGGCUGCCUCAAUUAUAUCGAGGAAAAUGACGAAGUUUUGAUAGCGGGGUUUGGACGUAAGGGGCAUGCUGUGGGAGAUAUUCCUGGUGUUAGGUUCAAGGUUGUUAAGGUCUCUGGAGUUUCACUUCUGGCUCUCUUUAAAGAGAAAAAAGAAAAGCCAAGAUCCUAGACCUCUUUUUUUCUUUUUUUCCUUUUCCUUUUUUUUUUUUUUUUACCUUUUAAUUAUAAAAUUUUAAAAUCAAAUUUUGAUAUAACUCUUUGAUUUGUAUUUUCAACGACUGGUCUCACUUGUCUUAUUAUUUUUCUUCAAACAAUCUUCAUAUUCAACAAAUAAACGUCACCUAAUUUACAUGCAA